AAACCUGGCAAUGUUAUUAAUAGAAUUCUGGAUUGUCGGCAUCUUGGGUGCAGGCGAUAAUGUUUAAUUAUUAAUGUAAUAUUUUCUUUGUUGUUUGCCAUUGUUCAGUGGUCUGCAGACUGAUAGUUUCUAGUUAGUGUUGGCCUUUUUUAUAACGUCACUGCCUGACUUAUAUUCGCUUUUCUCCAUCAUUCAUCGCUAUUCGCCCUAACUCUUAAAGAUUUGAAAGAUGAAUCCAAACAGCAAUAUCUUACAGAGACAAAUGACUGGAACUAUCCUGCCUCCUCCAACUAUGAAUACAAAUGCAGGCAGUGGCUUAAUGGUUGGUGUUAAUAUAACCCAAGGCGGAAUUCCCAACGCCAUGCUACCCAAUACUGGACAUAAACUUGAAGUACUAGGAGACCACCCACUUAAUGCUCAGAACAAUAUGCAGAGUCCACCCCAUCAAGGCCAACUACCUGUGACUACUGUCGGAGGGACUGCCCCCAGCAGCACAGCCCCCUCUGCUGGUGGGUGCAUUAUUCAGUCCACCGGAACCAUGGCAAACACGAAAGAGAAGACACCUAUGUGCUUAAUUAAUGAAUUAGCACGUUUUAACAAGGUCCAGCAUCAGUAUCGACUUGUGGAUGAAUCGGGUCCUCCUCACAAGAAAACUUUCACCGUCGUGCUGAAACUGGACACUGAAGAGUACACUGCAUCUGGUCCAAGUAUCAAGAAAGCACAGCAUGCUGCUGCAGCUAUUGCUCUUGAACAAACUCUACUGAAACAUCCACCUCCAAAAAGUCAAAGAAAAGCCAUGGGUCCAAUCACACCAACAGUCGAAUUAAAUGCAUUAGCAAUGAAGAGAGGAGAACCAGCUGUGUAUCAAUUAAUAGAACCUUCUAGACCACAAUACAUACCAAAUCUUAAUUUUCGGGGAAUGUACCAGCAAAGAUAUCAUUAUCCUAAAGUACCUACUUAUUAUGUAUCUCUUAAAGUUGGAAGCAGGCAAUUUUUUGGGGAAGGCCGGACAGCACAGGCUGCACGCCAUGCUGCAGCAGAAGAAGCCUUAGCUGCUCUAAGGAAUUUACCAUAUCCAGAAAAUGUGAAAAGGCAGCAUGAAGUUCCUCAUCAGAAAACUAAUGGGGAAAAUAUUGAAGAAGAAGAUGAUGAAAGUGAUGACUUAAAAUCCCCUAUUAGUUUAGUUCAUGAAAUAGCAUUGAAGAGGGGCUUGGCUGUGAAUUUUGAAGUAACUCGUGAAAGCGGACCACCCCACAUGCGCACUUUUGUAACCCGCUGCACGGUUGGCGACAUCACUACGGAUGGGGAAGGGAAUGGGAAGAAAGUUUCCAAGAAACGAGCUGCAGAAAAGAUGCUAGAGGAAUUGAGAAAACUUCCAUCAUUACCACCAGCCCAACAGAAAGUAAAGAAGAAACCAAUUAUCAAAAAGAAAAACAGAAAUCUUAUCAAGGAGCAGAAGGCAGAUCCUCAAUAUGGACAAGGAAUCAAUCCAAUUAGUCGUCUCAUUCAAAUACAGCAAGCCAAGAAAGAACGAGAACCUGUUUACACAGUGAUUGAUGAAAGAGGAGAACCGCGUCAAAGAGAAUUUAUUAUGCAGUGUUCUCUUGGUGAUCUGACCACAACUGGUACUGGCCCUAAUAAGAAAACUGCAAAACGUAAUGCCGCAGAAGCAAUGUUGCAACGAAUGGGAUAUUCUAGACCAAUAAUAUCUCCUGGAAAACCAACUGUAAAAUCUCCUGGAUUGGAGAGUCCUCAUAUUUAUCAGAAUCAAGAUUCAGACAAAAGAAAAAUAUAUUCAGAUCAUGAAGGUGAAAAAUUAGACAGUGAUGGUAAAAUGGGCAGACAACUUGUUCCUGGAUUAUUACUUAUGCCAGAAGCAUCAUUGUCUGACCAAAAUAAUAUUCAAGGCUAUACAAUGGCUAAUUCUGCUUCUCUUCACAGAGCCCCCGGAGGACCUACAAGUCAAGUGCAAGUCAAUAAAAUGCUCCAAACAGUGGCAAUUAUUGCAAAAGAACUCUUGGAUACAGGUUUAUCACCAACUGCUGAAGCUAUUAGAAAAGCUUCCAUGAAACCUGUUACUCAUCAACCAUUAGGAGGAUUCAAGCAAAAACUGUUAUAUUUGGCUGAAGUUUUAGGCUUUCCAGUGCAUUUCACUGAUUUCCCAAAAGGUGCCAAAUUAGAGCAUAUUUGUUUAGUAUCUGUGGCAAUCAAUCCCAAUCAAGUUAAACAUGGAGCUGGUGCAACUGUUGAGGCAGCUCAUGAUCAGGCUGCUCUUGGAGCUCUGCGCUCUCUUGCUGAACUGGGCAUGGAAGCAGUAUCAGAUGGAGUGAAAAAAGAAAAUACUACUAUAACCGGAGAAGGGCUUUAUAUGAAUCCUGGACAAGGCCCUGCACCCAAGCUGGCCAACUCUCCUUCUACUGAUCUUGGCAGUAAUCCUAAAACUGGGUCUACCAUUCCAAUUACUGCCAAGGACAGUCACUGAAUAGUGGUAAAACUGCCAACGCUCUGGAGUGGCUCAGCUUGCUUGCCACUUUUGAACGAUGCAUACUUAUCACUAGUUAUUAUUUUAUUUUAUGAUCACAUAUGAAGACAACAAAGCCCCAAUGAGGCUGGAUGUGUAAUUAAUUAUCAGAUUUAUAGUUGUAGUUAAUCGGAUUUUGCUAAUUCUGCCAUGACAUGAGGCAGGGAAUACUUUGCUUUCAUAACAUAACCCUACAACAGAAAAUGUUCUCAUUUUCUGGAGAUAUGAACUGGCUUCUACUGGGUACUUACAUGCAAAGGAAAAACGUCAAUAUUUAUGUGAUUUAGAAUAAGAAAUUUCAUUGGUCAGUGUUUAAGACAUUGAUGCCAUUUGCUUGCUGGUUUCAUUUUUCUUCUAAGUUCUAUAAACAGAGUGUCUGUUUCAUGGCAGACGUUGGCAAAUAACUUUUGAAAUAACUGUGAAUUAAUAAUUCAAGUGUGUAUGUGUGUUUUACAAAAUGGUUUAAAAACUUUUCCCUCUAGUGAAGUUGUGUGUUAAAGAGAGCAAUACAGUACUUUUUGCAUUGGAAAAAUGCAUUACUUAAAACUGUUUCUUGGGCCUUUUUUUUAUGUUAAGGAACAAAACUUGUUAUGGAGACCACUCAAACAUGUUGCGUGACAGAAAAUAUUUUAAAUUAUAUUUGUUUAGGAUAAAAACAAAUCCUUGAUAUCUUGAUAAUGUAUUUUAUCCAAGAGAUAUUAUUUUGUUUAUUUUUUCAUUAGUUUGACCUAUGACCUAGAUUUUCAAAUUAAUGUCUAGCGAUAUUUGAUGAACUGGCAGGAGUCUAGUUUUAAAAUCUAAAAGUUGUCACUUUUAGAUCUAAUGACUAUAAAGGCCCAACUACACUUUUCUUUGCAUUUUUCCUUGAAAAUUUUGAAUAAACUAAAUAUUUAUUGGAAUAUUACUCAGUUUUUGAGGGGACUUACAAUGUUGAGAAUAUUCAUUAUUUAUAUACAGUUGGGAAUUCGAUUGUUCAAAAUUUUACAUUGACAGCUGUAUUGCUCUUUUUUUCUAUUUUUAUAUUUAGCUUGUUGUCUUCAUGUCUAAUCAUUCUCUGUUAGUAGCAACUUCAAUAAAACGA